UUAAAACUAACUCCAGUCAGAGUGUCGAAACAUAACGCGGGUUGACUUUGCAGUGCAUAGUAUAGUUGUAUAUGGCGUUGAAAGAUAUUUUAAAUAUAAACAUAUCGGCCUAGCACCGGGUUAUAAGGUAUCGAUUUAACACAGAUAACUUGAAAAUAGUUGAGACAUACUCGGAUUGUUACGUUCGAAGUGUAAAUACAUUAUAGUUUAACCCAACGACAGACGUUUCGACUCGUUUAAAUAAAUAACGACGAUGUUUGGUUGUGAAAAUGCACCAUACGUUAAAUACUUGGAUUUAAUAUCAUUGAUUUUGAUUUUGAUCGGAUUAUGAUGUACCGAUAUGGCUGAUUCUCAAUUGAAUAGGAGUAAUGCGGCUAUGACCUCUGCACCUUUUUACCAUUAAAAUGUGAUCCGUUUAUAAGACAUCGAGCAUUUCACAGUAAUUAAUUGUCAAAUAAAAACAUCCGUAUUCUCCUGUUCAUCAACUGAACAUAAUAUGGCGGACAAAGUUAAGCGGACGCUGGAGUUUCGCAUGUCGAAGAAGGUGGCAGAGUUGACGCAAGUUGUCCACAUGCUGUUCACGAGAAAUCACGAAAAAGAAGUGGAAAUAGACGCACUGAAAGACUGCUACGAACACGAAAUAACGCUAGUAAUAGAUGACGCGCGAGAGCGAAUUCGAAAACUCGAAGAUAGGGUUACAGAGCUCGAUAGAAAAUUGGAACGCGAGAAGAACAAACAGAAAGAGGUUGUUAAGGAAGUUGUUGCGCAAGAGAGUUCGGAAAAGGAGGACGAGUGGAGACGACGACUCGUGGCAGCUGAGAAAGCUCUGAAUGAUGAGAAACUUGAGACGCAGCAUUUGAGAGAUUUGUUGAUAAAUGCUCAAAAAGAUAUUGAGAAGUUGAGACAAAAAAUCGAAGAACAUUUACAUUCUAAAGCUGACGAAAUUCAGUGGCGUGAAGUAGAAUUACCUAAUCUCAGGAAACAAAACGCGGACCUUGAACGGACGCUGAAACAAAAAACUUUGCAAGAAAACGAUGCAAUUAAACAGUUAGAGAAGCGAAAUGAAAAGCUGGAACAGGAAUGUGUUGAAAUGCAAAUGUUGUUAGACGAGACUUAUAGAGAGAAAGAGGCCUUGUUGGCGCGGGUGAAACAAUUGGACAGUGAAUUGAAAGCGUUGAAAAAGGAUUUUCAGAAAAAGGUGUCCGAUGUUGUUCAUCAUAAUAACAUUGUGAAGGUCCCUCGCAACACACCGGUUCAACAAACAUACAAUACGUACAACGACGAGCUGGAGCGCCUCAGAGCGGAAGUGCGGCGUUACCGACUGGAGCUACAGAACCGGGACGCCAACUUCAACCGAGUGUUCACGGAUCAGAACCCUCUCAUCGUGGACCCCCGGGCCGGCUUGAUCGGCGUGCACUCUAGUCAGGUUUUGAGUAGCCGGCCGACGAGCCACACCACGGUGUCCCCCCUGGCGGUGCAGGGCCGCGAGAGGUCCUUCUCCUACGACAUCGUCCAAGGAUUCGAGGAAACCAGGAGACCCAACUCACGAUCGUCGCUGUCUUCCGCGUCGUCGGCCAAGCUGCCAACCCUGUCGGCCGACCAGCGCGCACGCCUCACCAAACUUAUGAAGCCCCGCCCACUUCCGAAGGAAAUGCUCUAUUCCAAGUAGCCAUGGUUACGUAGUGUUGUAAACUGAUGGAAUCCCUCGUCGAAGUACUCAUGGCUUUAGACGUUUGUAGUGGGAAACUUCAUGAGUUAAGACGUGUUGACGAACAGAUUAAUUCCAAUUGUCCAACAAUUGUUAUUUGCUUAAUGACGUCCGUAUCUGAUCUGAUUUAAGUAUAUAUACAAGUUCAAAUUAAAUUAUUUGAACUCAUCGAAAAAGUGCAUAAACAAUAUUUUGUGUUGAUGUGAAAUAAACCGCACAUUUUGUAUCAACUAUUCUUCAGUGCAGCUAAGGCAUCAACAUGUUUCUGUAAAAAGAAUCGGUGUUUGCAUCAACCAGAUAUACUUCAGCUGUGACAUGACAACAGUCGUUGAAUAUUACAAGUCGGUUUUUAUAAGCAGUUAAUAUAAGAAAUUAGUCGCGUAAAACUUUCGGAAUGUGAAUUGAAACAGUCAUAAUACGGAACCAAAUGAUAGUUCAUUCAAUUAAUGUGUAGUGUUGACGUUAUUACAUUCAUGACAUAUUAUGUAUGUUCAUGUACUUGCUGAUUAGUGUUCAUGCCAUUGAGUUCUCAUGUACAAUCUCGGUACUGCUAUAGUGCUUUAGAAAGUAGAGUGUUGCUCCUUAUAUUAAAACGUGAAAAUCCUA